AUGGCUGCCCCCUUAGCUAUUCAUCUGGAGUUUGGUGGAGGGGCGGAGCUUCUUUUUGAUGGCGUGAAGAAACAUCAUGUCACGCUUCCUAACCACACGGAACCUUGGGACAUGAAGCAGCUGCUGGUGUGGAUCCGACACAACCUGCUCAAGGAGCGGCCCGAGCUCUUUGUCCAGGGCGAUUCCGUGAGACCUGGGAUCCUGGUGCUAAUCAACGAUGCGGACUGGGAGCUAAUGGGCGAGUUGGAGUACCGCCUGCAGGAGCAAGACAACGUCAUGUUUAUUUCCACUCUGCACGGAGGAUAG